AUGUUACUGAUAUUUAUUUUGAUUACAUCAACAUACUCUAUUCCACUAGAUUUUCCAUGUUACGAUGAUACAUGGUUUUAUUCAAAUGAAACAGGAAAAUGUUAUAAAUCAAUAUUGGGAGCACAGAAAUUACCAUUUUCUAAUGCUUCAGAAGCUUGCAAAACGUACUUAAAAGAUGUUUCGAAUGUUUCAAUAAGUUUAGUGAAAUUUUCUGAUGAAAAUGAAGCUGAUGCAUUUGUGCAAUUGUUAUCUGAAAAUGCAUUUAAAGAAACAAUUUGGAUUGGAGCUAAUAGAAGCGAUGCAAAGCAACCAUUUGUUUGGUAUAUAGAUGGUAGUACAGCUCUUUUCAGCUAUACUGAUUGGUCUGAAGGUACACAACCAGGAAAUUGUAUUAGCUUCUCAUACUCAACUCAGCCAGUAUCUGGAACAGAUAGGUGGACUAUAAUUAAAACGAUUGAUAAUCAACCAUGUAAUGUGAUGCGCUCGUUCAUCUGUGAACAUAAAGUUCCACUUUGUACAAAUCCACCAGGAGGAUUUAAUUCAAGUACAAUGAUUUUAAAACCAUCAAUUAUGGCUCCAGGAUCUAUUGUACAAGUACAAUGUGCACCUGGUACAUUAAAAGAUCCUUAUACCUUUGGUAACAGAAUGACUGGUGCUUAUGUGGAUUUAAGCUUAUCAGAGAAUUCAUAUAAAUGUACAGGAAAACGAUUUAAUGAUAGUUCUAAUCCUGUAGAUCCAUUAAAAUUUCAACCACAACUAUUCUAUUCAGGUUAUUUACUCCCGAAUUGUUCAUAUGUGAAAUGUCCACUUUUUCCAGAACUAAUGGAUAAUAUAGAAAAUAAGCCUCAAGUUCCAAUUGGUUCAAAUAGUCUUGUUUAUGAUUAUGGACAAAAUAUUACAUUACAAUGCAGUCGAGGUUAUGUGAGCUUUCAAAAUCCUAAUAGUACAUUAGCCACGAUGGUUUGUGCUCAUGCUAGUACAACGUUUAAUCUGGGUUUAUGGGACCCGGAAAAUUAUCAGGCUUGUAUAGCUGUACGUUGUAAUGAAACGGAAUUAAAUAACAAUAUUCCUAAAUAUGCUAAAUUAGUUAGUGCACGUAAUCGUAUCACAGAACAAGUAUUUGGUUCACAUCAGGUUAAUCAAUUUUAUUCAUACGGAAACGUCAUUUCUAUCAGAUGUAAUCCAGGAUAUUUAUAUAAUGAUCGUACUACAGAAAAAUUAGUAUCCUGUGAAUUAGUACCUGGUUCAGAUACAGUUGGAGAAUAUCGUGGAUAUUCUGGUACACUACUGCCAUUACCAACAGAAUGUCAAGAGGCUACGUGUUUGUACGAACAAGCUGUAAUACAACCAGAUUACAAUAUGAAACCAUAUUUUAUGGUCAUAAGAAGUAACAUAGAUGUGAUGAAUUUAACAAGACACAGUGGAGUUCCAUAUCCCCGUGGGACAGUAAUUAGAUACUUUUGCAAAGAGGGAUACGAAAGUAUUGACCAGAAUUCCGAAUUAAAUAUAACGUGCGGCAAUUUCGGCCAGUGGACUCCACAAUUAAUUGGUUGUAUUGCACGAAUCGAGAAAGUACCUGUCAGUCUUACCGGACGACUGUAUACCGAACCGAGAGAAGCUGAAUCUGCAGCAAAAUUAUCCUCAAUUAUGUUCAUUAUGGUUUUUAUAUUUUUGGGGCUUAUUUUAUUGUUAGAUUUAGCCACUAUUGGUAGAGAUUUAAAACAAAUGCGAAGUAAUAUUAAAUUACAAAAAAGAAGGUUGAAUCACUCAAGAAAUAAAAACAAAGUUGGUUGAAAAAAAAGUACUUAACGAACUAUUUUACUACAGGCAAUAAUUGUUUUCAUUCUGG